AUGGAUCCGCAAGUGAUUGCUACGUUUGUGGCGGGUCUUUGCUGCACCCUGGUCAUCAUGUACCUUUUUGGUGCUUUUAGUGGCAAAAAACCUGCUCUGAGCACGGAGGAAUGGCGCGCCUUUCCCCUGCGUGAAAAAAUUGAAGUCUCGGACUCGACGCACAUCUACCGCUUCGAGAUUCCGGGCACCUUGGGCAUCUCUACGGGUCAGCACGUCUCUGUGCGUGCGCCUGUGAACGGCCGCCAGGUUAUGCGAUCUUACACUCCGAUCACUGAUCAUGAUGUGGAAGGCUACGUGGAUCUGAUGGUCAAGUCGUAUCCCACCGGCAACUUAUCGCGUGUCAUGAACGAGCUGAAGAUCGGAGAUACCGUCGAGAUGAAGGGUCCAAAGGGCCGCUUCUUGUACGAGCCCAAUAUGGUGAGCCGUAUCGGAAUGAUUGCUGGUGGUACAGGCAUUACGCCAUGCUACCAGGUGAUCAAAGCGGUGCUGCAGAACCCGGCUGACAACACGAAGCUGAAUCUUAUUUACGCCAACGUGAACGAAGAUGAAAUUCUCCUGAAAAAGGAACUCGAUGCGCUCGCGAAGCAGCAUCCGACGCGUUUCUCGGUGUACUACUUCCUUGAUAAGCCACCGGCGAACUGGACGGGCGGUACUGGGUUUGUUACCAGGGAGGCCAUUGCUGAGCAGCUGCCGUCACCGUCGGAGUCGUGCCGCAUCCUUAUGUGCGGCCCGCCGCCCAUGAUGGAAGCGAUGAAGAAGCACCUUGUGAGUCUCGAUUUCCCUCCCGCAAGGACUAUUAGCAAGGCGGAAGACAUCGUUUUUGUGUUUUAG